UUGUAUUUCAGUAAUAUAGCACAUAAUUUAAUGAUUUAUGUGAAAAGAAAAAAGAUAGUGGCCAAGUCUAUAUGAACACAUCCUCAAAUCUCAAUGUUUGGAUUGCUCUAUUGUUUAGACAUCGGACUACUUGAAGUUGUACAAAAAUCACACUCAUUGAUGAAACAAAUUCAGACCUACUUGGUUAGCUGCUGGGCCUAGUUGAAAGUGAAACGUGGAGAAUGAGCAGAUUGCUACCAUUGUCGUAGUACCGUCGUUAUAAGAUGUCAUCACCUCGCAACAAACUGACAGAGUUUGCACCACUGAGCUCUGAAAUUAAGCAACAAUCUGGAUCAGGAUUUCUCCUCACGAGAUUUUUUAAGAAAAGCAAAGAUUCAUCACGUGAAGGGAGUUCGUCGCAUUCCCCAUCUCCAAAUACAGCCGAGAAUAGAAAGGAUGUGUAUACCGUCUCGUCUACUAGCACGAGUUCAGGCAAUGACCAGCGUGAGGUGAAGAAGGUCCCGGAUAAAACGCAAUAUGUUCCCUGUUCUGCUCACAGGAGAGGGCGGUCGAUCACGGAGGACGAACUUUUGGAACGAAGCAAAAGUCGUCAAGUUCUCACUGGGCCAGAGGUUGCCCAGACCAGAACAGCACAGACUGUUCUCAAAAGGCUACGCAGUAUCUUGGAUCAUACGAAUCAGACUCUGAAGGAGUAUGACGACAGUGACUUGAAGCAGUACUGGAUGCCUGACAGCAGCUGUAAGGAGUGCUAUGAUUGUGGGGACAAGUUCACCACGUUUCGCCGCCGCCAUCACUGCAGAGUCUGCGGGCAGAUCUUCUGCAGUAGGUGUUGCAACCAGGAAGUUCCAGGAAAACUCAUGGGAUGCACAGGUGACCUCCGUGUGUGCACCUACUGCUGUAAGAUGGUGCUAAGCUAUGCGCAGAGCUCGGAUUCAUCAUACGACCUCGCUAGCCUUCAGGAGAACAUGUCCUCUCUUGUGGCCACCAUCGAGAGCGACUCCGACAGCUACACCGAAACAAGCCGCACCCCUUCCAAGAAACGUCGCUCGUUCUUCUGGGAGGAGGACCUUCUCAAGCCGGUCGGCACGGAAUCUUUUCCCAGCGUCAACUCGCUCCCCCGCCUCGCGACCCACCCGUUCGACAUCACUCCCAUCUCGGAAUUUGCCAAGGGCGAUCAGUUCUUCCAGGAGAGGAAAGCUCUGGUGGAGGAUUCGGCACAGCUUAAGGAGCUGUGGUGUCAAAUCACCAAUCCGAUCCAUGGUGUUGAGUUACAGAACCGCAGGCAUAGACUGCGCAACUACACAAACUGUAUCGUCGGCAAUGAAUUGGUGGACUGGCUACUAAGGAACGAUAAAGCUUCAGAUAGGUACCAAGCUGGUGCCAUAGGGCAAGCAUUGAUGGAUGCCAAAUUUCUCGAAUGUGUCACCACACAUGCUCAGAUAUUUUCUGAUGAAUACCAGCUGUACAAAGCUGGAAAGGCAGCAAAGUUAGAUAGUCCAACAGACACAUGCAUUCAUGGAGAACAUGUACAGUUGGAAGAGGACCAAGAACCUACCUGGUUUAAGGAGAUACAAAGAGAAGAAGAAGAGAUAUCUCGUCCUGAUGCGCAGGAGAAGGAAAAAGACGAGAAGAGCAGAUCACGGUCUAGUUUAUUGGAAUCCCGAAACGAGCAGUCUACGAGUUCCAUUGACAGCCUAGAGAGCUCUGGUGCAACAUUCUACCUAAACCUGGAUGAGGAAAAAGGACAGGCUGGAGUCUCGGUAAAGAAGAGGGAGACGAAGCAAGAGAAACACCAAAUUUUAUCUGGCAAGGCACUCGAUGUUAGACAAACAUCAAUGGGGGAAAAUGCUAUUGGUAGCAUGCUAAACACACUAACAUCUUCUGGAACCCAGGAUGACUUCAUAAAAGGGGCAUUGUCAGUGAAGAGCAGUGAUACUAUCAUGUCGGCUGAGAAGGCAGACUACUGGCAGACAGGGACCAGUGCAUUGAUGUCUGAGGACAGGGAGGUCUUCAAACUGUUUAGUGCGGCAGCUAACUAUCACAUGGUGGCAUUGCUGAAGCAGCUGCUCAGCUCAGAAUGUCUCUCCCUGACAUGGAGCGAUGUGAUAAUGUCACUUGCGAUGAGGAUAGCAGAGACUGUUCGACCGGAUGUCAAGCAUGAAGGUGAUGACAUGGACAUUCGUCAGUACGUUCACAUCAAAAAGGUGCCUGGAGCGAGCAAAACGGAUACCAAAAUCAUUCAUGGAAUAGUCUGCAGUAAGAAUGUAGCACACAAAAAUAUGAUGACUCAGAUCACCAAUCCAAAGGUGUUGCUGCUCCGAUCUGCAAUCGAGUACCAGAGAGUGGAAAAUAAGUUCUCGUCAAUCGAUCCUGUGGUGAUGCAGGAGAAGGAGUUUUUGCGCAACUCUGUGGCCAAGUUGGCAGGAAUGGGGCCGGAUGUGAUUCUUGUGGAAAAGUCUGCAUCGCGAUUAGCUCAGGACUUCAUCCUUGAGACUGGUAUGAGUCUAGUGAUGAAUGUCAAGCCGUCUGUGCUGUCAAGAGUGGCACGAUGCACACAGGCCGAUGUUGUGCAGUCGAUAGAGGGGCAGAUCACGCGGCCUCGACUUGGUUUUUGUCACCAGUUUGGGGUGUAUCCAUUCAACAUUCAGCCUCACAAGCCAGAUGGAAAAGUGAAAAACCUGAUGUAUUUCGACGGCUGUGCAUCACACUUGUACUGCACCGUAAUUCUGAGAGGGGGUAGCACUGCAGAACUAAAGAAGGUGAAAGAGAUUCUGCAACUGAUGAUAUACGUGGCCUACCAUAACCGGUUAGAGACUUGCUUUCUCAUGGAUGAGUCUGUCAUGCCGAUGGCAAAGAAGUUUCCGGCCACAUCAAUCCAGAGUCCCGAGAGCGAGAAUGUGUUGCAGACGACAGCGUUUGCCAAUUCUACCAACAUGGGUAAAAAACCAGGACACUCGUUCACCGACCUUUUGGGAAAGACCGAGUCGGAUGAAGCGCGUGAGGAAGAUCAGAGUGAUGCAUCCAUGGUGAAUAAGUGGAUCGAUUAUUCCGUUCUGGAAAGUGAUGACUCGCUGUUCAAAACUGUGUCGUCCGAUGCCGAGAAAAUUAAACUGCAUGCUGAUACAAAAACGCACAAGCUUCAAGGCAAGCAUCAACGCAUUAAUUCCGGUGACGGGCUAGCAGAAAUGCAGGCCGAGGUGGAAAGCAAUGAGCUAGACAACGCGAUUUCACUGAGCGCAGAAGCGUUGCCACCUGAGUGUGCCAGCGAGCCGAAUCUUCACCCGAUUACGCCGUAUCAAAACGACGACCUCACGAACCAGUACGUCAGCAAGCGGUCGUCGGGCGACCUCGGGAGGAGCACGUCCGACGGCGACGUGCUGCCGAUCGAGGCGGGAGCGUCCGUCGAAUUGCAGCAUCACAGGAGAGUCGGCGCGCUGACGUGCGACGACAGUCCGGCGGCUGCGACCCCGACGACGAGGCAGGGCCGAGCGGUGAGCAUAGGCGACAUCGCUCGACGCACGCUGCGCAUACAGACGCUCGAGAACGCCGUCGACGACGACGACGUCGCCGCCACCGCGUCGCCGCGUCUCGCGAUGCGCUCGCUGUGCGAAGAUAGAGCGCUGACCGCUGCGCUGGCCGCCGUAUACGGGGCCUCGCCGCGCGCCGGCGCGCCGCACGGAAGCGUUGCCGACAACGUGUUCUGCACACCGAUGCCCGUCGCGCGGAAACGCGAGCCUUAUGCACGGCAGAGCGUGGCGGAGGAGGGGCCGACGGAGGAGGAGGAGGCGGGCGACGAGUACACAGACCCGCUGCAGCGCUACCUGCACUCGAAGGACGAGAGCGUGUUCAAGACGACGGACGAGAGCCUGACGCUGCGCACGGCCCACCACGCCGUCGACCAGUUCCGCAAGGCGCUCGACGACGUCGUGCUCUCCGUGUCGCCGAACCUCAAGUACGCGCCGCCCUUCCUCGAGACGCAGCCGGGCCGCCGCUGCAUCCUGCGCGAGUACCUCCCCGUCGAGAUCUACCGCUCGCAGCUCUUCGGCAAGAAGGACGCGCGCUGCAGGCCGAGGCUCGACAGGGAUGUCGGGAACGGGAGCGAGGUGGGCGGCGACGGUGGCGGCGGCAGCGUGCGCUACCUUCCCUCGCAUCCGUUCCUGCUGGAGAGGUUCACGGCGGGCGUGUCGGAGACGAACGUACAGAACCUGCUGUCUGACUUCCGCGCGCGCGGCGGCACGAUAACCCCCGUCUGCUGCGCCUGCGACCACGAGUGCGAGGAGGAGGCCAGUGACUGCACGGAUGUGAUAGUGCCAGCUGGGUUUCUGGAAAGCGCAAGUAGAAACGACUCGGAUAGGAGGCAAGAAGAAACGACGUGGGACCCACGCAAGUAUGACUGCCUGAAUCCAUACAAUCACCAGAAAAUGGCAGUCCUGUUCAACAGCUACUCAUAUGUGUCAGCGAAUGCACCCAAUUACUGUGUCAAUCCCUGGGUUGUAACUAUGGAUUUCUAUGGGAGAAAUGACAUAACACUAGGAGCCUUCCUGGAACGCUAUUGUUUUAGGCAGACAUAUCUGUGCCCUAGCGUGUUGUGUGACACACCAAUGCUAGACCACAUACGCAAGUUUUCCCACGAAGAAGGGUGUGUGCAAAUAGACCUGCGCAAACUAGAACAACCCAUCCCUGGUCCAGGAGAGAAUAUACUCAUGUGGAGUUGGUGUAGGAAAUGCAGACAGGUGACCCCAGUAGUACCAAUGUCAAGGUCAACAUGGUCCAUGUCCUUUGCCAAAUAUCUCGAGCUACGUUUCCAUGGUUACCAGUAUGGCUGUCGAGCAGAGCAGGAUGUCACAUGCACACAUUCUCUACAUCAUGAUUACUACCAGUACUUCGGCAGUGGAGAAUACGUUGCCUCCUUCAAGUAUUCGCCGAUUUUACUAAGGGAAAUCUGCCUGCCACCUUCCAUCAUCACCGUAAAAGAAGAUCGAAUCAAACACAAUGAUAUCAUAGAGAACGUGAAGUACCUCGCUGUAAAAGGUUAUGGAGUGUACAGUGCAGUGCUGGAAAGAAUUUUGACACUGAAGGAAGCUGUAGUUGGUAGUAAAUAUGAGCAAACCAUUGCAGACUACAUGGUUAAACAACAGAUUGAAAGAUCAGAAUUCCGAAGGUAUAUAGAGGAUAUUCAACUGAUGCUCGUUGUCCCAGAACUCACAACUUUCCUCGACAAUCAAGCAGACAGCAACCCAGGAGGUUUACAGCUGUUCCUUGAGAUUCUGGAUUCGAUUACUAAGUUGAAAACGGUGAUUGCUGGUGCUGUUGUUUUUUGGAAUGCCAGGAUUACAGAAUUUCUUCAAGCAAAAAAGUUGGAAGACAAGAUAAAGUCAAAGACCAACCCCAAACUGCCUGUUGUAGCAGGAAGAUCUAGAGAUGAGACAUUGUCGACACCAGCCUUUGUGUCCACACCAAACUAUACUGGGGCACCAGUGCAGCCCUCUGCGCAUAAGGAUGCUGAGAUGCCCUCAACGACACUGCAAAAACAAAGCUCUGGUAUUUUCGUUAAUACCACAACACCUAUUAGCGUUGUUCCACCAGGUGGCAGUGAAAUCAAUGAUCUGUCGAUACCUGAGCUGGGACAAACUGGUAGUGAUUCCCCAUACACUCAGAAAUUGAUAAAUAAUGAGGUUUCAGCAGAGUGCCAAGAGACUGUGGAUGCUCUUACUAAGCUAGAGAUCUUCACACAAAAUUCAUGCAGUGCCUCUUGCUCAUCUGCUGGCGGCGUAAGUCAGAACUCGCCUGUGGAAUUCAGCGUAGAUCCUGGAAUCUGUGCCAUUGCUCAGCUGGCAGAUGGAGCCACUGACAAGGAUGAGCGAUUUGUUGUAUGUCAUGCAAGGGAUGCAGGAGUAGACAUGCUAAGAUCUCACAGACGAUGCCUGUCAGAUGGGGAAACUCAGAUGAAGCAAGCAAACAAGUGGUCUGCAGAGGAAGAUCAAACAGAUUCAAAGGCUGAGAGGAAGACGGGGGGUGGUGCUACCAUGAAAACAAUAUUUACACAGCUGAUUUCUGGAUCUGGAUAUGUUCCUCUGCCACUAGCUUUUCCUCCAGACGAGCACUACCUGCCACCUGAUCCAGGAUCUGUACCCGUAGUCAUCUACGACAAGGAAUCCAGUUCCAUUAUUGCCUACACUCUUACCUCAUCUGAGUAUGCGAGUCAGCUGGAACACAUACAAGUUGCUCUGCGUCAGUUGGCUACACCCCAGCCCUCUGCACAUGGCAGUCCAACGACGAAAAGACGAAAUCAGAGUGGAGACCAGCUGUCACAGGAUGGCUUAGAUAUUUUAGAAGGCCCUCGCAAGUCUGCUGUGCUUGCUUUCUUCCGGGGCAAAGACGUGGAGCGGUCCCCCAAGCUCUUGAGGGUGAACAAAGCUGCACUGAAUGCUGCUUUGGACUCAGUGCAGUACAUACCAGGGGCAGAGAGCGUUGAUGAAGAUGAUGUUCAGUCACAAGAUGACUUCAUGAUCAACAGUACAGAUAAGGAAAAGGCCCUAAAGCAAGGCCUGAACCUUCACAUAGAGCUCCAAUUCUCCGACAACGCGGCCAAGUUCUACUGCCGGGUUUACUUUGCGGAGAGCUUUCGGAAGCUGCGCAAGCUGAUCUUCCCGCAGGGCGAGGAGCACUACAUCCGCUCGCUCUCACGCUGCUUCACGUGGAUGGCACGCGGCGGCAAGUCCGGCUCCACGUUCUGCAAGACGCAAGAUGAUAGGUUCAUACUGAAGCAGAUGUCACGGUUUGAAAUUCAGUCGUUUCUCGAGUUUGCUCCAGCUUACUUUGGUUACAUACAAAAGGCACAUACGGAAAAGAAGCCUACAGUGCUGGCAAAGAUACUAGGUGUCUACAGGAUAGGUUACAGGAACACCCAAAACAACACUGCGUCAAAGCAGGAUCUCCUCGUCAUGGAAAACCUUUUCUAUGACAGAAAGGUGUCACAGAUCUUCGACUUGAAGGGCUCCAUUAGAAACCGACUGGCUAGCACGUCAGGAAAGAUAGAGGGAGAUCUGGUGCUACUCGAUGAAAACCUACUGAAGAUGACGUGCGACACACCACUCUACAUUCGUCAAUAUUCCAAGACUGUUCUCACAAUGGCAAUCAACAGUGAUACCCACUUCCUCUCCAAUAAGAUGGGUUGA